GAGACCGGGUCAGGUGUCCACAAGGCGCUUUGAAGUUCUAAUUUUUUACCGGGUUUGUCUUGCUUGCAGCUGAGAAGGCAUCGCCUUCCAGGCUGACCCGAGGCAGCCUCGGGGUUCUGGCGCUCGGACUCCCAGGGCGGGCAUGUUGGGCCGUCUCCCGCCGUGCGCGCUGCGAGCGCGGCUGGGCGCCUGGUUCGGGGCUCCCGGGGCCCGGUCGUGCGUCUCCGACGGGGAUCGGCUGGGAUCGGCUCCCCACGGGCCUCGGAGGGAGUGGACGCUGCCUGUGAGCCCGUUCGGGCGGCUGAGGGCGCGGCUUCCGUGCCACCUGCUCGUGCGGCCCCUGGAUCCCCACGCGCACCCGGACGGCGACCGCGUGCAGGUGGCGGUGUGCGGCGUGGGGAGGGAGGCGGGCGGCCUGGACGGCCUGCAGGUCGAGUAUGACGCUGCUCGGCAGGAGAUGGCCAUCCUGUCCGACGACAUCGACCCCCGGGCAUUGGUGGAAGUGAACGCGCCUGUCAAGUUUGAUUUGAACAUCGAGUCGUCAGGGUCUGGCUCUGUAAAGGUACAGAAUGUUGAAUGUGAUCGCUGCGAAAUCAACACUGCACAGGGGGCCAGCAUCCUGCAGGCUGUGAAGAGCCAAAAUUUACAUGUCCAAGCAAAAGGAGGCCACGUGAUCUGUCUGGGAACAGUUUAUGGAAACAUAGAUAUCCAAGCCUCACACCACGGUUGUGUGACCCUAGAUAAACUUCAGGGAAGUUGCGUUAAUAUAUCUACAGAGGAUGGUUUACUGAAAGUCAAGUACCUUUAUACAGAAUCUUCAUUUUUGUCUUCGGCUGCUGGGGAUAUUGCAUUAGGAAAUGUUCAUGGAAAUAUCGUAUUACAAAGCAAGAUGGGUAACAUUACAGUGGACUCGUCCUCUGGGUGUCUAAAGGCCUCAAGUCACCAGGGUGCCAUUGACGUUUAUAUCAGCCAGCUGGAGGAAGUGGCACUGACUUCACAGGAAGGCUCUAUUACUGUCAAGGCCCCAUCUUCUCUACAAGCUUAUUUAAAGUUAUCAGGGAAAGAAGUGGUUGUGGAUGCAGACGUUCAUGUUCACGACAUGACCAAGGAUCAUAAAGGUGGCAGCGUGACAGUCACAGGACUCAUGAAUCAAGCAAGGAGUCAGGAAAGGUGGAUAAACGCCGUCGCCCCCAAAGGCACCGUGAGUUUUAAACAUCAGAGCUGGUUCCAGUCUCUGAAACUGCCGGACUGAGAACGGCUCCGCCGUGUUGAUCAACUCUCGCGUGAACUAGCAGACCUGCGAGUACGAGACCGCCGCCAGCGGAGCUCACAGCAGUGUUGCAGACAACAGCGUUAGCGGGAGCACUGGCGAGCGGUCGCGGGAGUUCCGCAAAGCGUGCACUUGACUACAGAGUUUGUUUUCUAUUGCUGUGUUCCAAGUUACAGAAGCCCCCUGGACAUGUUCUGAGGGCUCCGGGAUGCCUGAAACCACAGGCAGUGUCA